CCUCCGAAUUAGCUCCUAACUGUAUCGUGCUCCCUCCCUGGCGCCUUAUCUCUUCUUUACCCUUUCACCAACCUCUGCAAAUCUCCCCCCUUCUCCAUUGAAUUCGAUUCCACCGACAUGGGAGAGGACAGAGGCGCGUUGGCCUUUCGCGCUGUCCCCAACCUGAAGACCUCCCAUUUCGCUCACCCCGACUCCACCAGCCACGAGCCACUGUGGUGGAGAGCUCAGUCAACGGGCCGGGUCUGUCUGAAUUCCGGCUCCGGGAGGGCCAGCAUCGCCAAUUUCGCGUCGCUGUCGCUGGCGGAGAAGCGGGAGCACAGCGAGUACGAGCCCACCUCGGCUCAGCUGCUGAAGCAUCCGCUGGCCAUCGUGGCGUACGUCCCUAGGGACGCCGCGCUCUUCCUCGCCGGAGCCGUCGCUGGAGCUGCCGCAAAAACCGUCACGGCACCGCUCGACCGCAUUAAACUUCUUAUGCAGACUCACGGUGUACGAGCUGGGCAACAAACUGCAAAGAAGGCCAUUGGUUUUAUAGAGGCAAUCACAUUGAUAGGGAAGGAAGAAGGGUUAAAGGGGUAUUGGAAAGGCAACCUUCCUCAGGUUAUAAGGAUUAUUCCUUACAGUGCUGUCCAACUUUUUGCAUAUGAAUUCUACAAGAAACUCUUUAAAGGAAAGGAUUGCGAGCUUUCUGUCAUUGGAAGACUUGCUGCCGGUGCCUGUGCUGGCAUGACUUCUACCUUUAUCACAUACCCUUUAGAUGUCUUACGGUUACGCUUAGCAGUGGAACCAGGUUACAGGAGCAUGUCACAGGUUGCAUUAAACAUGCUGAAAGAGGAAGGAGUUGCAUCAUUUUAUAAUGGUCUUGGACCUUCUCUCAUUGGAAUAGCUCCUUACAUUGCGGUCAACUUCUGCGUAUUCGAUUUGGUUAAAAAGGCUUUGCCAGAGGACUUUCAAACGAGGACUGAGGCAUCUCUUCUAACUGCUUUGGUCUCAGCUGGAAUCGCCACACUCACUUGUUAUCCCCUGGACACAGUGAGAAGGCAGAUGCAAAUGAGGGGCACACCUUACAAGACAGUUCUGGAUGCCUUUCCAGGUAUUAUUGAACGGGAUGGAGUGGUGGGUUUAUACAGAGGUUUUCUGCCAAAUGCCUUGAAAAACCUACCAAACAGCAGCAUUAGACUAACAACAUUCGACACAGUCAAGCGACUAAUUGCUGCUAGCGAGAAAGAGUUCCAAAGAAUCGUGGAGGAAAAUCGGCAGAAGCAGCACAGUGAUGCUAGUAAUUGAAGUGCUCCGAUUCUUUGGUAUAUUGUCCUUCAAUACUUUUGCCGCAGGGGGAGGGCCACCGAGAUAGUUCAGUGAUUCUUUCUCCUCAAUUCACUACGUUUCGGGCUGCCCUGGAAUUCAUUGUUUUGGAGGAUUUAUGUGCCAAACUUCAAUUUUGGAGUGCACUUGGUGGUAUGGUAACAACAUUUUGCGAGAUAUUAGACAGGACGGGAACGAGAUAGUCAGGUUAAAUAGGCAGAAUGCGACUUUAUAAUUAGGCCAAUAUUGUCGAAAGUUCCAGCUAUUCUUUAGAUUACUGUGUAGGGGUAGCUGCUUUUGUGCCAAUUGAUUUUGAUAGGAAACUAUGUGGACGAAAUGCUUAAGCAAUGGGUGAAUGGAGAACAUUUUUGUGUUCUUUCUUGAUUAUUA